UGCCUUUUUCUUUCUACACGGACAUUUUUUGUGACGGACCAAAGUGGCGAACUUGCUGCCAUGGAAGUAAAAAAUGCCAGUGCUGCAAUGCUCAGUAAUUAUGAGGUGUUCAAACUACUAACGGACCUCAAGGAACAGAGGAAAGACAGCGGCAAGAACAAACACAGCACAGGACAGCAGAACCUGAACACCGUCAUGUAUGAGACACUGAAGUACCUGUCAAAGACACCCUGCAGCAGACAGAGUCCAGAGAUUGUCAAAGAAUUCCUCACCACCAUGAUGCAUCACAAACUCACCAAGGCAGAAAAGCUGCAGCUGUUGAACCACCGGCCACAGACAGCAGUGGAAAUUCAGCUAAUGGUAGAAGAGAGUGAAGAGCGUCUCUCAGAGGAGCAGAUUGAGGAACUCAUCCAGACAGUCACAGACAUCCUACCUGGUGACCCAACGCAAGAAAAUGCAAAAGCAGCAGAUGAGAUCGAUGAAGCAAGUGAACAGUCAUGACAGAAAUGCACGUAAAAGUGGAGAUCAGACCUAUUGCAUUGUUUCUUUAUCUGCCUCACUGUUUGGAGGGACACACACUGGCUGCAGAUAAGUGAUAUCUCAACUGCAGUUUAAAGGAGAUCAUGACUUAGGAAAUAUUUUCUACCUCUGUUGUAAUAUGAACAUGUGAUUUGAUGAAUAAAAGAAUCAGUGAUUUUUUUUU